AUGCCUGAUUAUGUCCGCCAAGCCAACAAACCGCACGAUUACGUCAUAGAAAUUAAAGAGCUUAUCCGUAAAAAACAGUUCCCUUCUCUAACUUUAACGAGAUCCACAACUCAGGUGGCUAUCUCUGCAUUAUUUGCCUACCUAGCUUACACUGCCUGCCCGGAGGAUAUCAUCGAAUCUUACUGGAUUGUUCGUUUUAUCGUUGUCGCCAUAAUAACACCCCUUGCUGCUGCAUAUGGAGUUUACAUGGUGGCUAAUAUUGGUGAACAAGAAUGUGGCUUCAAAGUCCCAGCUAUUGGUUCGUUCCUUGGAGUUUUUGUCUAUUGGGAUGAACCAUCACAAAUCAUCUACUCUUCUUUAAUAUCAUCAACAUUUUUGCAUUAUCACGGUGCAAGAUGGAAACCAUUGUUUUACCGUGUGUCUUUCUUUCUUCCUGUGUCUAUGUAUUGUAUAGGCUUCCUUUAUUUUUCUGUCUUUUUCCUUCUUUCAUCAGAUUAUUUCUCUUCAUAUCUAUCAUCACCUAUUUCUUAUCUAUCAUUUUUCUUUGUCCUCUAUCUUAUUCAUUAUCUUCGUGUUAACUCAUCCGUUAUGAUUUUUUUUUCUUUUUUUCCUAAUUUUGUCUGUCAGUUUUUCUUUCUUUUUCUACCUUCCUUUUUUUUAUUCAUUUUGCUUUUUCAAAAAACAUUUCUCUUAAUGUUUUUCUUUCAUCUGCUUCAAUUUUCUAUUGAUUUUCUUUUGUUGUUUUUUUUCUCUUUCCACCCUUUCUUACAAUUCUUUAUAUUUUCCUUUUCCAACUUCACUUUAGCCAUGUUUCUCCUUUCCUCCAUAUUUUUUCUGUCUCCUUUUUCCUUAUUUUCUAUAUUAUUCAAAGAUUUUUCUUUCUUUUUUUAUUUCUCCCUAAUCCUUUUUCUUUCUCUAUUUCUUUUAUGUACAUUUACAAUUUCCCUUCUUCACAUUUUAAAUAUAAUUUCAAAAUUUGCUUUCCCUUUCUAUUGUUCAAUUCAUUAUUUCUUCUCUUUUUUUUUUUUUUUUUUAACUUUUAAACCUUUCCUUUUCUCUUUCAUUUUCUCCCACCAAUUUCCAAGCUUUCUUAUUUCUCCAAUUCUCUCUUCCAUCAUUUAA